UUACCAAGGCAGAGGACAUGCCACUUUUAUACCUUCCUCCAUUGCAUUGCAGUGCAUAGCCCUCCUUGAUUUUAGGCCCCAAUCCCAGCUUUGCCUGCUACCUAGAAGAUGGCUGCUCCUAUUCGAGUUUCAGGGCAAACACCCAGACCCAUUGCAGGACUUGCCCUCAGCUCCUUGCCCAUGAAAACAGCAUGUCAGCUUAAGCAGAAUAGAGCGAUGACAAGGCAGCAGGGCAUCUCUAUAAAAAGCGUGAAAAAAAAUAAAACAAAAUUUCGUGGCCUCUGUUUGGCUGUGCAGAGGAGAAGCAAUUCCUAUUUCGGAUUAAGUGGCCCCUUUCCAUCAGAAACAAUUGAACAAUUCUACACCUGUAUCAAUGACAAGAACUUGAAGCAACUAGCGAAGCUCGUGUCAGAUGACUGCUGCUUCAAUGACUUAUCGUUUCCCCAACCAUUCAAAGGGAAAAAGGAGGUUCUGCGUUUUUUUGAAGAACUUACUGCAGUCAUGGGAAAAAAUGUGAAGUUCAGGAUACUUCAUGUUUGUGAAGGAGAUGGUCUUACAGCUGCAAUAGACUGGCAUUUAGAAUGGCAAGGAAAGCAGAUUCCAUUCACAAGAGGAUGCAGCUUCUAUGAAUGUGCAGAAGAAGGCAAAAGUCUAAUUAUAAAGGAAGCGAAAAUUGUGAUCGAGUCACCAAUCAAACCAGGACCCUUUGCGCUGACCCUGCUGAAGAUAGUGACUACACUAUUUGAUGAUUUCCCAAAGGCUACAGAGAGGUUUCUAAAGGGUCCUGAUGCUAUACUAGAGAUAUUACUCAAGAUUUACAAAACAUUUUUGCGGCCUUUUAUUAAUCCACUUCUUGGAUUAUGCAUCAACCUAUGGAAAUUUUGGGCUCGAUUGCUUGCCUUUGCAUUCAACAUUAUUCACUAUAUUUUAAAGAUUUUCUUCAAAUAGAGGGCAUUAAUAACAGUCCAUUCGAAAUCCAAUACUCUAAGUAGAGGAAGGGACUUCACAAUUCACAUAACCUGUCAAUCAUCGUUGCUAUCCCGACUCCACCAUGCUUCUAACAAUGAGAGAGCAACUAAAGGUCCAAGCACAGGUGGGAGGGGUGGAGGCUUGCUGAAGGCAACAAUAGGAUCAAUCUUCUCAUUUGUAAUUGUCCCUUGUUCCCGAAAAUCAUUAUUUCCUUCUCUUUUCAGUGUUGAGGUAGACGCACUACCUGGAAAGUUUAUGCCAAUAUUGUUGAGUAAAUAUGUCAUUGAACAAUAAAAACAUGAAGGCUUCAAAGAAUGGACAUUACCCCAUGUUCCUUUGGGAGGAUAGAUUUGUUUUAAUUUGUUCUUUGCAGGCAAUAAUGCAGCUGUUCCUCGCAUGUAGAU